CAGAUUUGAGCGUCUCUCUCUCUCUCUCUCUCUCUCAUCCCGACCGUUCCAAAUUGAAAGCUAGCAAUGGCGGCCGGAUCUCGGAGCUCGCUAAAAUCGGCGGUCCUUCUUGAUCAGAUGAAAGCCCAUCUCAGUACAGACGCCGGCAAAGACCUCACCAAGAAGAUCGGCCUCGUCUAUCAGCUCAACAUCGCGCCUAAGAAGAUAGGAGUAGACGAAGAGAUCUACGUAGUCAACCUCAAGGAAGGCAAAGUCACGCAUGGUUCUUACAAGGGAAAACCCGAUGCCACUUUCUCCUUCAAGGAUGAAGAUUUUCUCGCCAUUGCCAGCGGGAAAAUGAACCCUCAGAUUGCUUUCAUAAGGGGAGCUAUGAAGAUUAAGGGGAGCUUGAGUGCUGCCCAGAAGUUCACUCCUGAUAUUUUCCCCAAGCCUUCAAAGCUUUGAGCUACUAUGGAUACCUGCUGUAACAUUAUUUCUGCAAGACUUCAUGUAGCUUGCGUGUCGGCUGCUUGUAAUGACGAUGUAUGAAUAAGUAUUCCGAGCAAUGAUAGACCCAAAUAUUACUUGGAUCUAGCUUUUUAGUUUCAUUCCAUAUUUGGUAUAAAUCAUCUAAUUUAGAUCACUGAGAUAAUAUUUUAGUUGGUUUAUGUUUAAGAGUAUAAGGUUCGUUGCUAAUUAAGAGCUGUAUAAAUGAGAUAAUUCAUUCU